CAAAAAAUAACAUUUGAAUGACAAACACGACUGAAACAACACGACAACAACAACAGUCCCAACCCAUCGCUUAAAAAAAUUUAAUGAUUCAAAAAAAAACUUUAUAUUAAUAUAACUGAAAAAUAAUUUGCUUAUAAUAUAUAUAAAAAACAAACAAAAAGAGUUAACAACAAAAAAAUAUUUAUUGUCACAUAAAAAAUAUUAUUAUUAAUAAAAAGUUUAUUAUAUGUGAUGUCAUGCCUGUAGAGGACGGACCCAAUCGUUACCAAAGAUCAGCCGCAGCAGCAGCUAUCAGUUUAGUACAGGGAGAUACCAGUGCUAGUACUACUAAUACUACCAGUCCUACUCAACCACAACAACUACCAGUGCUUAACAUUAACAACAAACAACUACUAAGACAAGUAUCCAAUAGAUUAAAUACGUUUAAACAAUGGCCCGAUCGGGACAGUCAACCAAUAGCCAAACAGUUGGCUGCUACGGGUUUCUAUUAUACGGGCACUGGCACUAAUCUCAAGUGCAUCGAGUGUAACGGACAGCUCCGGGCGCCCGGCGAUCGGACAAUCGUUUAUUGCACGGAUGAUCGACAACAGCAACAGUUGUCCAUCGAUAGGCACCGGCAGUUGUUUCCCAAUUGUCGUCAAAACUUUCUAACAAAUAAUCACCACUUGAACAGUGGUCACUAUAAUCACCCCCAGAUCAACAACAAUCUAGUCUUACCCAACAAUUAUAGCACUACUACUACUCAUACACGCAAUAAUACAAUCCCCACAUCAUUAAAUAUUAACGGCACCGGUAUUACUACUACUGUACAGUCAUUAUUAUCAUUAUCACAACCACUGACAUUAUCAUCAACAAAGCCAUCAACUCUAUUAUCUUCGGCGGCACCCAAUGGUCAUCAUCAGCUGGUUGUGGUGUCUUCGGCUAAAAGAAACUCAGAUUCAGACGACUCGGGCAACAAUAGCGACAGUUCCUCACUAUUAAGUAGCUCUCCGUCAUCUGACGAUAUGUCUAGCAGUGGCAGCUCCUCCUCCUCAACAACUAGUGGCAACCCAUCGACUACUGGAUCUGGAACCGGAUCGAUGAGUCCCAGUCCUACUGAUGAGUUUAGCGAUGAUCAUACAUCAAGACAUCAUCAACAACAACAACAUAACAAUAUUGAUGACCAUCAAAAUAUACCAACAAUUAUGAGAAACAAUAUACCAAUUAGUCCAACGGCGACAACAAACACAAACACUGUUGUCAGUGAUAUGACAUUAGCUGAGCUCCGGGAGACUAUGAAAUCCGAACGAAACCGACGAAACAGUUACUAUGUAAACGGUUUGUCUCUAUGGACAGUACCCCAGGUGUUGCCGACAGAUCUGGCCAGAGCUGGCUUCUACAUGUUAGACAACGAUCGGGUGCAGUGUGCAUUUUGUACGGGCAUUGUUAGCAACUGGGCUCCGGGUCUGCGACCACUUGACGAACACUCAAAACACUUCCCGUUGUGUCCGUUCAUAAUGGAAGAGGAUGUAGGAAACCAACCGAUCGGUUUCGACCCGAUUCGCGAUCCGCAACCAGUGAUCGGUCACGACGUUUGCGGUUCGGGUCAUACGUCGCCGGCCGAACAAAUUGUCGGCGAUGUUAUCGUCACACCAACCGGUCAGCCACCGCUUCGUGUACCGCCUGAUGUCGAAUCGUUGGGCGUUCACUUGUAUUCCGGACCCAAAUGUUCCGAAAUGGGUCCACUGGACAGCCGUAAGACAACCUUUGCGACAGUCAACGGCUGGGAUCUGUCUAUACCGGUCAGCACCGAUAGGUUAGCCGAAGCUGGCUUUUACUAUAUCGGUUACGCCGAUGCGGUCAAAUGUUUUCAUUGCGGGGGCGGUUUAGCUGAAUGGGCACCGGGCGAUGAUCCCUGGAUCGAGCAUGCCAAAAAAUUUCCUAACUGUUCCUUUCUUAAGCUAAACAAAUCGCAAACAUUUAUACAGGAAUGUCACCGUUUGGAUCAGGUAGCACAGGGAGCUGCUGCUAAUAACAAUGACAUUGUUAAUAAUAAUAAUAGCAUCAGUAACACAACGACUACCACUCCCACCGCCAACACAACAACAACCGGUAGCGGCUCCAGUAGUAUCGGUAAUACUAAUAGAGAAGCUGAACUCGCCUGUCAAAUGGUCGACCAAUGGCUGGCCAACAAUCCGGUUGUCCGACAACUGAUGGAUCUGAAUCUCUACUCAGUGGACGUACUGAGGGCUACACUUAACCAAAGGUAUUAUCAGUGUCGACGACCGUACGACUCGUUUGCCCAGUUGUACGAUGCGGUCAGCACUCAGGCGGCCAAUCAUCGUUUGUUUGGCUCUGUGUCUGCGGUAGCGUCGGCGGCGGCCAAUUGUCCGCAUAUUGUUGUCCAUAAUAAUAAUAAUAAUUUGCCGCUAAUUAAUAGUCAAACAAGAGAUAAUACAGCAACAAAUCAGCUAAAUGUUAACAACAUUACAUCACCACAACCACCACCACAACAGCCAAAAUCCCAGUCCAUGUCUUCCAUAAACAGUGAACCCAACGAUACAACCGCCACCACCAAAACAGCACCAACAUUGACAACACAGUUGUCUGGGUCGUCAUCGACCGGUUCACUACUGGUGGCCAAUCAGAACCAAAUUUCAAUGUCCACUACCAAUGCCGGCGGCAGCGGCGGCGGUUCGGACACUAAUAACCGAUUGCUUUGCAAAAUAUGUCUAUUGAAAGAAAUAGAGAUUGUAUUUCUUCCGUGCGGUCAUCAGUUGGCGUGUAUUGAAUGCGCCGAACGUUUAACCGAUUGUCCCGUUUGUCGGCAGACCAUCAAAGGUCUUGUCCGCACAUUUUUUUCAUAGAUAUAUAUAUAUAUAAUAGCAUAGGAUAUACCAAAAAAAAUAAAAAUAAACAUUUUUUUAAUUUUUUAUAAUAAU